AUGUUCAGCUUCCGAUCACUGCCUCACCCGGGUGCACACAAGGAAUGUAAAUUUCGAUAUAAUUACGAUAUAACCAGGCAAGCAAAUCUGAUGCAGGUGAAUACACUAACCCCCAAUAUUAAAAUUACUCAUACCACUACUCUCCAAGGCUUUUUUUGUAAUUUUCUAAGAUCCCUCUACGACCCUAAACGAGGCGCAUUCUCCCGCCUCGCCCGUGAAGACACCAGUAACGAACGGCGGGAGGUGGACGGUUCGGAUCUCCGCUCACCACUGCCCGCUUCGCCAUUAUCACAUCUGGAAGUGGCCCGGUUAGAAAGGCGGGCACGACGUGGCGUGGCCGAGACGCGGGGCCGCCGAGUCCGCGGGGACUGGAGCGCAGCCGGCCUCCGACCCGACCGCGCGCGGGUCGCCCGCACGCCCAUACUCCGGGUUCUGAGAAAAGCCGGCAUCGACGGCCGGGGCCGGCCUUCUCUGCUGCGCAGGCUCAGUGCACUUACCCGGCAUGGAAGAGGCGGCUCUCUUGUGUGUGACAGUCGCGGUCCUGAUGUGGGCCUUUCUUUGGGUUUGGGACUCCUCGGAACGAAAAAGAACUCGGGAGCAGGCUGGUCUGCCGGGAGCUGGAAGCCGGACCCUCCUGGUGAUUGCACACCCAGACGACGAGGCUAUGUUCUUUGCUCCCACCGUGAUAGGCUUGGGCCGCCUACAGCACCAGCUGUCCCUGCUCUGCUUCUCUGCAGGGAUUUUCCAGAUGACCCAGGAGUGCAGUGGGACACAGAACACGUGGCUAGCGUCCUCCUCCAGCACAUAGAGGUCAAUGGCAUCAGCCUGGUGGUGACUUUCGAUGCAGGGGGAGUCAGUGGUCACAGCAAUCAUAUUGCUCUGUAUGCAGCCGUGAGGGCCUUGCACUCAGAAGGGAAGUUCCCUGAAGGCUGCUCUGUGCUGACGCUUCAGUCUGUGAAUGUGCUGCGCAAAUACCUCUCCCUUCUGGAUCUGCCCUGGUCUCUGCUGCGCACGCAGGAUGUCCUCUUCGUGCUCACCAGUGAGGAAGUGGCCCUGGCCAAGAAAGCCAUGUCCUGCCACCAUAGCCAGCUCCUGUGGUUCCGCCACCUCUACAUUCUCUUCUCCAGGUACAUGAGAAUCAACUCACUGCACUUCCUCUCCAGCCUUGAAGAAUUUUCAGAUCUAAGGAACAAAGGAGAGCAAUAGACCAGGAAACCCAGGGACCUGGCCUGAAGCGGGCUUAAUUCCCUGAGCCAAAGGAAAGCACAGCCAAAGAGCCUCUGCGAAAGAGAGGCUCUGUGGGCAAAUGUGCUACCCAAACUUCCUUAGGCUUCUUCUUCUGGGGGGAAAACUCUGAAAUAGCCAAAAGCAAACCAGCUUCUGGAUAAUAAUAGCUACCUGCUAGCUUCUCAAGUCUUUGAGAAACAUUUUACAUGAUAAUACAGUGUAUAUCAAAUACCUAGCACAGAGCUUGGGCAGGUUCUUAACCACAAAUGAAUGUAAAAGUGCCCUAAAAACACUUCACAGAUGUGUUUUUACAUGGAUUCCAGAGCAGGGUGUCUUGGUUCAUUUUCUGUUGCUAUAAUUGAAUAUGACAAAUCCAGUAACUUAUUAAAAAAUAAGAGAUUUAUGUA